GUUGCUGCUAAAUCAAUUCCUUUGAAAAAAAAACACCUAAACAAAUUGGAUUAGAAUUAAAAUUUAAAUACAUAUUUUUAAUAUGAAUUACAGAACGUGAUUAAGCAACAGAAAGCAAAGAAGAAAAGGUUUUAGCAGAAUAUUUUUAUGUAUAUGGGAGCUGCAUUAAAAUUUUUUAUAAUUAAAAAUUUAAUGUGAAAAAGUGGUCAGCUAAUACUGGAAAUUUCAAGAGUUAUCAAAAAAUUAUGUAUGGUUUCCGAAUUUCAAUACUCUUGAUAAUAUAUUUAAUUAUACAAAAAUGUGCUUCAUCAAAAGUAUUAGAACUGAGUGAUAAAUUUCUUGAAAUUAAAAAUGAAGGACAACAAUGGUUGGUCAUGUUUUAUGCCCCAUGGUGCGCUCACUGUAAAAGAGCUGAACCAGUUUUUAACCAAGUUGGACAAGCAGUUCAUACAUCAAAUAUUCGUGUUGGACGGUUAGAUUGUACUAGAUUUCCCUCAGUAGAUAGAUGUAGACAACUUCCAACGAUACUAUUUAUCAAAGGAAAUCAAGAAUUCAUCUACCAAGGUGAUAGAACAAAAGAAGACUUAAUAGAUUUUGCUUUAAGGUUAACGGGACCACCAGUGCAAUUAAUUACAAGACCCGAAAGUAUUGACAUGUUAAAAGCUGCCCAUAAUUUAUUUUUUCUUUACAUUGGUCCUCAAGAAGGAAUUCUCUGGAAAAUAUAUCACUCCACAUCGGAAGAAUUUCAGCCUCAUGGUUUUUUUUAUGCUGUUUCAGAAAAUUUGAUAAAUAAUCAUUUUAGUAUUGACAAAAUACCGUCAAUUAUUGUUUAUAAAGAAGAAAAUCACGAUCAUUAUCCUCAUGCUAAUACAGCACAUGAAAUGGAUCCAAUUAUAGUAAAUGAAACGCUUUAUGAUUGGGUAAACUGUGAACGAUUUUUAACAUUCCCUAAAAUUACGAGAUUCAAUUUUAAUCAUUUAAUGCAGACAAAAAAAUGGAUUGUAAUUGCUGUUGUUGAAGAAGAUAAGCUUAAUCAAAUAACGACACAUGAAUUAGAAUUUAGAAAUUUAAUUGAAAACACUAUAAGAAAAUACAAAAAAAGGUAUCAUAAACACUUUCAAUUUGGAUGGAUAGGCGAUCCAAACAUUGCCCAUUCAAUUGUUAUGGACAUUAUGCCGACACCCCAUUUGAUUGUAAUAAAUUCCACAACACAUGAGCAUCAUAUUUUUGAAGAGGACCCUCUUCAAUCAUCUCCGCAUUCAAUACAUAGGUUCUUAGAAUCAAUUUAUAACCAAAGUGCUCCAGUUUUAGGAGGUAAUACAUAUAAAGUUCGACUAUACCGCGCAUUUUUUGAAGCUAAAAAGGCUUUAAUUGAUAUGUGGAUGGGUAAUCCAGUCCUAACAUUAGUUCUUUUUGGACUUCCUCUAGGAUUUUUAUCUCUCAUUUUAUAUUCAAUAUUUUGUGGGGAUUGUUUAGAUGCACCAGAAGAAACCGAAGAACACGAAAAAAAAGAGUAACUUUUAUAAAAAUUUUAAUGGAAAUAAAUAAUUCUAGUCAAUAUUGUAAA